GUGCUGGCGUUGAAGCCACUUGCUCGGGUUUGUCUUGUCAAGCUGCCUGCCCAGCCCUCGUUGGCAAAGCUUGCUGAUCUCGGGGCGCGCCAGCCAACAAAUCGGCGCUCUUCAUCGCAAACACAGACAAUUCUCUCUUUGUGCCACCAUGGCUGCCAUGGACUUUGCCGACCUAGCCAGCGCCAAGCGCGUGGUCAUUGACAAUGGCUCAGGCAUCAUCAAGGCUGGCAUGGCCGGCGAAUCGCACCCAAGCGUCAUCUGCUCCUCCUUCGUGGGUCGCCCCAAACACACUCGCGUCAUGACUGGCGGUCUGGAGGGUGACGUCUUCAUGGGUAAAAAGGCCCAGGAACAUCGUGGCCUUCUUUCCAUCAAGUAUCCCAUGGAGCACGGCAUUGUUGAGGAUUGGAAGGACAUGGAUCGCAUCUGGAACUAUGUCUAUUCCAAGGAAGGUCUCGGUGUGCAGCCCGACGAGCAUCCCGUGCUGCUGACUGAGGCUCCACUCAACCCCAAGAAGAACCGCGAGAAGGCUGCCGAGGUUCUUUUUGAGAGCUUGAACGUGCCUGCAUUAUUCGUGUCGAUGCAAGCCGUCCUGGCAUUGUACGCAUCGGGCCGCACCACGGGUGCCGUCUUGGACUCGGGUGAUGGUGUCACGCACGCCGUUCCCGUGUACCAAGGCUUUGCGGUCAAGCAUGCCAUUACUCGCGUUGACGUGGCUGGCCGUGACGUCACCCGCCAUCUCCAAACGCUGUUGCGCCGCGAGGGCGCCCUGUUUAAGACCACCGCCGAGUUUGAAAUUGUGCGCACCAUCAAGGAAGCCAAGGGGGUCUGCUUUGUCUCCACCAAUGCCAAGAAGGACGAAUCCAUGGAUGACCGCAGCAUCGCGGCCAAGUAUCGGUUACCUGAUAUGAAGGAGAUCACGAUCCACCAUGCACGCUUCCGAGCACCGGAGAUCCUGUUCGACCCCAGCAUCAUUGGCGAUGAGAGCGAAGGUGUUCACAAGGUGCUGCACUAUGCCAUCCAAAAGUCGGACAUGGAUUUGCGCCGAGACCUCUACUCGAACAUCAUCGUGUCAGGCGGUUCCACUCUGUUCGACAACUUUUGUGAUCGUCUUCUCAACGAGCUCAAGGCAUUGGGUCCCAAGGACUGCAAGAUUAAGAUUAUCGCGCCGCCCGAGCGCAAGUACUCGACUUGGCUUGGUGGUUCGAUCUUGGCCUCUCUGGAUACCUUCCGUACCAUCUGGACGGAGAAGCGUGAAUACGAGGAGGAAGGUGCCCGGAUUUUGCAUUCCAAAUCCUUCCUGUAGUUUUGCCGCAAACGCCACGCGUGAAUGUGUGAGUGUUAAAUGUGCACGUUCUUUCCAUUUCCUUGUUUUCCUUUCGUGCUGCUGUGGCUUGUGCGUGCGAUGCACCGUCUUGCUUGUAUUGUGUUGGUUGUUGUGAGUCUGUGUAUGGUGUAUGCGCGAGCGUGCACAUGUGCGACGUGUGGUUCUUUGCUUGCGCCGGGAGCUUGCAAUGGCUGUCCAAAUGCCCGGGCCAAUACCGCCCUGUGGAUGGGGUCCCAUCAAGCCUUGCACAUUUUCCCCUGCGACAAGACGCCUCUUGUUCCCACGCCUCCCAGCAAUCCCGCCCGGAGUUUUUAUUUGUUGGAAAUCUAGUCGAGAAAAUUUUC